AAGCCUGUAAUGUGUGGUUUUCAACAGUGAGAGGGCGUACGCUUUCAGAGGGAGGCCGAGCCUGUAAAGCGGCAGUGGGAGGGCUUCUCCGUGUUUUCGCUGGUUUUAAAUAUAGGAAGAGAGCAGCCUCGACGCCCACCGAACAAGGCGAAGCGCGCAUCAACAUUUCGCCACCGCCGCUGCCCUGAUUAGAUCCACUGAGAAGCGGAGGAGAGCAGACACCCACAGACAGACAGGGAGGACUGCUAUCUUGCUGGAACUAACACAAGAUGGAUGACUAUGUUGCCACCAGAAAGCUGUGACAUCACUGUGGAGUUGUGGACGUUUGUUGACCGUUUUCUUUCUUAACUUCACCUGGACUUUCUCUUGACCUGUUGUGCACACCUCUCUAGAACAAUUGCUUAUACAACAAGAGACCACCUUCCCAUAUUCUUCAAAAUGGAAACUCUUUCCCAAGAUUCCAUUCUGGAGUGCCAGAUCUGCUUUAACUACUACAGCCCCCGCCGGCGGCCCAAGCUCCUGGACUGCCGGCACACGUGCUGCUCCGUGUGUCUGACCCAGAUGCGCAGCAGCCAGAAGGAGAUCCGAUGCCCCUGGUGCCGCGGCGUCACCAAGCUCCCCCCGGGCCUGUCCGUCUCCCAGCUCCCCGACGACCCCGACAUCAUCACCGUCAUCGCCAUCCCUCACGCCUCGGAGCACACGCCCGUCUUCAUCCGCCUCCCGAGCAACGGCUGCUACAUGCUGCCGCUGCCCCUCGCCAAGGAGCGGGCUCUGGGGCUGUCGGGGGAGCUGGGGUGCCGCUUCCUGCCCGGCAGCCAGCAGAAGGGGAUGACGGUGGUGACCAUGCCCGAGCAGCAGCCCCUGGGCCUGGCCAUGGGGCUGGAGGCGGUGGGGAUGGGGAUGGGGCUGGACGGAGGCGAGGGCGAGAGGAGAGUCACCGGCCCGGGGGGGGGAGCGGGGAAGGGCUCCACGUGGUCGGGCGUGUGCACGGUGAUCCUGGUGGCCUGCGUGCUGCUCUUCCUCCUGGGCAUCGUGCUGCACAACAUGUCCUGCAUCUCCAAACGCUUCACGGUCAUCUCCUGCGGCUGAGAGCGACGGGGGAGGAUGCUCGGACUGCCGCGGACCCCCCCCCCCCCCCUCCCUGGAUUCCCCCCACCGGCCCGGCCUCUCCUCAGAAUGGGACUCUGCUGAGGGGAAACUCAUAUCAUGGGCGGAAAAUACAAAGAGAGAAAGUGAUGAAGAAGAAGGCAGGGAGGAGAUCCACUAACGGUCUGCCAUUGUGACCUGUUUUUUCAUUUGGGAGACUGAAAUGAAAAAGGACACAGAAACAAACAUUCACUUUGCUCUCCCGUCCUUUUACUGCCCUUCCAUUUCCUUUGAACGAACGCUUUGGGAUUUACUCCAGAAAUGUUUUUUGGCCAGCUGAUUUGUUUUUUGGCGCGGGGCCGAUGUGGCACUCAGACUCCAGCCGUUGGAUUGCCUGUUUAUUCUGUGGUUUGUAGAAGUGCAUCAGUUAUCAUAGUGUUGUUUCGCUGAGUGUCGGUUCCAGGCGGCGUCUCUCCAGCUGGUGCUGCAGUACAAAGAGUUCGGACUUGGCUGCUCGCCGUUUUUCUGAUGCUGCAGGAAUGAACUGUGCAGUCUGGGAAACUCAAAAUGAAAACACUUUUUCCCCCCCCCACUUUCAUACAAUCUGUUCCUGUUCAGAAUCAACUGUUGCUGUUAUGCAGUUUGAGAAAGGAUUGUCAAAAAAAGGACUAAACAAGGAUUGCAUUGUUCAUUCAUGCUGUCAUGUUACAGGGAAGUUUCUUUAUUAAGUCUUAAGAGGUUGCUGAAACAGUUGAUGAUUUAGUGUUGAGCAAAAAAAGUUUUUGUUGAUUUUCUUUAUUUCCUGUUGAUAUUUUUGUAAAUCUUAUCUCAUUGGGAUUUGGACUGCUGGUUUAAACCAAAUGUGAAGACGUCACUUUGGCUUGCGAUUGUAAUAAUUCAUUAAUUGGUUAUGAAAAUGUUGGCGAAAUGUUGUGUUUCCUUUUCAAGUAGAAUGCUACCAUGAAAUGUCUCAAAAUGCUGUGUUUAGAACUGAAUGACGGGAUCAAAAAAUGAACUAAUUUGACAUUUCGGAAACUAUAUCUGUUUGCAUUCUGAACGACGGUUAACUAAGAACAUUGAACGCCAAAAAUGCCAAACUGCUUCUUUGGAUAAAUAUAAUGGAAAAAUAGACAUUGCAGGCAACAGUCUUGUUUGUAGUUUUCCCUUCUUUCUGCAGUAACCUUUGUUUUCCCACGGUUGCUUUCAUCGAACUCUCCAUCUACUCUUCACCCUGACCUGCAGACCCUCGUCCUUUUAAAGACCCGACCACAGCCCACACACCAUGCCCUCCCUUCAUCCUAAUACCUCCCUAAUUAAAAAAAACGGUUGGAUACGGGCUCAAGUGUGUGUGUGUGUGUGUGUUUGAGAGUAAUGGGUCAGGAGUGGGCGUGCGCUGCAGGGUUCCAGUUAAUAACGGCUGUAUCGAUUUAUCCGCUUUUGAAUAUCUCUCGCGUCCGCAGAGAUGGAUGCUUCUGUCUUUUUUUCCACUUUUAUAUGUUGAGGCAAGCAAUUUGUCUGUUUACUGUAUCGUUAAAGCAAUGGAGUGUACAGUACACACAAACAGGGUGAACUCUUUUGUAUUGCAGCAUGGCCAUGUACAGAAUGAUUGUAAUAUCUUUGUUUCUGAUAACCUUUCUUUUGUUGCCAUGGUUAAGGUUUGAGAUUAAGAGGUGUGUGUGUUUGCUCUAAAAGAAACUGAUUAUUCAGAACACUUCAGGGCACUAAGAGAUGGCGUGACACACCAGUGACACAAAACAAGGACGGACAGUGUUUGAUAUUUUGGUAUUUAGUAUAUAAAAAAAUGUUAUUUACCAAAAUGAUGUGUAUAUAUAUAAUGAUCAUCCACCUGUUUAAAUAAAUUCCUUUGUUUAUUUAUCAAAGCUAUGGAUGACUGAAUGUUAAAAAAAGAAAGAUAUUUGUCGUUUAAACUGAUUUUUUAUCAUUUGUAUUAUGUUUUGUUGAUUUCCUUUCUGACCAUCUAGAACCAAAGUCUGACGGUUUAUUGUACUCAAAAGAAAAGAGAUGUUUUUCUUAAAAAAAAAAUAAGCCAAAUCUGUUUUUGAUUUGAAUUUAUUUUGGUUUCAUACUAGCAUAAUUUAACUUCCUUCACCAACGAAAGAUUUUGGACUUUUAAAUCAGACUCUGUUGGAUUAAAUCAAAACACACUUCAGUUAUUUUAGUAGCUCAAGGCUUCCUGGAGAAAUGUUUUCUGUUAUGAUGUUCGGGCUACAAUAGAGCAAAUAUUUGUUUUGCAGAUGCACUGAGAGUUAACUUAUGGGUCAUGCGGGACAUGUUCUGCUGUUGCUAUGGGACGAUACUGGACGUUGUGUUUUUUGAGAAGUGCGGCGCUGCUUAGCUGAAAUAUUUGUAGCUCUGAACACUCUGCGGAAACGUGCUCAUUCUCAGCACUUGAGGUAUAAGUGGUCGUCUGCCUUGGCCCCAGAUAACUCUAAGAUGAAGGAAAUCCCAGUUAAAAUAUAAAAGCAGCAUGAAGACUUUUUAUGAGAUCUUUAAAGAAGGUUAUAUUAAAUGAUUACUCAAUGCUUUAUGAAUCAGUAAUGAACCAUUUAAAGAAACAUCUUUUUAUGUUUGGCUGCUUCUCCCCUUCCACUCUGUUUCAACAAACUCUUUAUUUUAAGUGAAUCAAAAUGGUAAAAAAAGAAAGAAGAGAAUAUCCAGAGGUCCUGUUUAACCUCAAUUGAUACAGAAUUGGAUUGCAGCUUUCACCACAACAUUCUUCUAUAUGUCCCAUGUUCUUUUACUCGCAGCCAUUUUUCCAAUUGGUCUCUGUGACCCCAACGGAUGUGUUUGCUGGGAGAAAAGAUGACGAGACCCCGCUUCCACAGGGGGCACAGAUCACCGUCAUGGCAUAAAUGCAACUGAUAUUCUGCAAAAAUCAAAUUAACAUAAUUUAACUCAAAAUGAGAGAGGGAAAUGAAGGUCCUAAUUUAAAUAGGAAUGUAGGGCCUAAAUAUCUGGUUGAAUAAGAGAUUUCUCGCUGGAAAUUCAAACCCAAAGGUACGAACAAGUUCACUCCAUUCCUGAUAAAUGAACCUGUCUUCAGUCCUUUCCCUCUGCCAAUCCAUCACGAAUCACGUGAUGGAGGGGGGGGGGGGGGGGGGGGGGGCAAAUGCACCUCGUUUGCACCUUUUUUCACCCUUUCUGUGUCUGUACCCUGCAGAUAUAUGAGAUUAUUGAUCUGAAGGUGGUCAAAUCCCAUCAAACACUGUAAAAUGCUGUCUUGCCAAAAAACAAGGAUGUACAAGACUGUUACGGUUAUUGCUUUCCGUCUUUUUCAUUGUUAUAUUAAACAUUCUCCCAUAAAAGAUCACUUAGGAUAAGAUAGAAUAUUCUUAACUGCUUGGUCUUUCACUUUAAGGUCAGCUCCUGUCAUAAAUCAUCCUUUUUUUCUGUGAUUUGAGAGAAUAUAACCGGCCUCUGAAUCUCCUUCGUGUCUUCUGUAAUAUUUAUUUUCCCUCUUAUGUCCAAAGUUGCCCUGUACAACAUUUCUGAAGAAGAGUGACACCUAGAGAAGCUUAGAAAAACGAAAGGAGGCUUGUCAUGUCUGUGCCUGUGUGUUUGUAAAAAUGCCGUGAAGUUCCUGUCGUAGUUUCCUGUUUGUGUCGGGUCGAAUGGCGACGCAAGCAGCAGCUGUUUUUGGUGAACUAUUAAAGAAAAACGCUCUGAAUCUGAA